UCAGCUAGCUUUGGCCUAAAGGUCCAGAUACCAGGCCAUAAAUUAAAAAUAAUAAUAAUAUCAGUCAGCUAAAUGUCGAAGUAAGUCUGCUUUGCGUUCGUGAAUGUAGCCGAAAAUGACACAUUCCUGAUGCUAUAUCAGUAUAUCUACUGUGAUCAAACGAGCUAUGCUUGCUCAAGUAAUGUGAUGUGUGACUGGAUGGAUAUAGUGGUACUACGAAGUGGAAGGUAGUACACGAAGUAGCCUAAUACAAAUUUAAUGCGUUUUACGUUCCACACCAUGGUGUACCCAAGUUUUUGUUAGAUGUAUAAAUACCAAAAAAAAGAAACAAUAUUUUCAGUGUCAGCGAGACUUAUCAGUAAAAUCUGCGUUUUUAGUGUGUGACGUAAAAGUUGUAGUAAAGCUUUGCUACGAGGAACUUUACUCUCAGAUGUGAAGUUUGAAAUAUAACAAUAAUUGCAAUCAAUCACCUACCUGUUUCCAAAGAAGUCAAAUAAUUGGAAUAACGGCUCUCUACAAUAAGGAAAAUAAAUACGACUAUGUUUGGACUCGUUUAGCAAACGACGUCCUCGGAGUUUUGGACCGCCAACGGAGUUCGUGACACUGAUGAGCAGCGGUGGUGGAACCGCGGUGGUAGAAUGGACGACGCGGGCAGUAACAAGCAGCGACAGGCCACUAGAGUCUUCAAGAAGAGCUCUCCAAAUGGAAAGAUCACAGUGUAUUUGGGAAAGAGGGAUUUCGUCGAUCACAUUUCACACGUAGACCCGAUCGAUGGGGUCGUACUAAUAGAUCCGGAAUACGUGAAAGAUAGAAAGGUUUUUGGUCAUGUCUUGGCGGCGUUCAGGUACGGACGGGAGGACUUGGACGUGCUCGGACUUACGUUCAGGAAGGAUCUGUAUUUAGCCGCCGAACAGAUAUUCCCGCCGACGAGCACGGUAAAGCGACCGCUGACCCGACUACAAGAACGCUUAGUCCGCAAACUGGGGCCAUCGGCUCACCCGUUCUACUUCGAGCUGCCUCCGCACUGUCCGGCCUCGGUCACCCUGCAGCCGGCUCCGGGAGACACCGGCAAGCCUUGCGGAGUGGACUAUGAGCUUAAAGCGUUCGUCGCCGAUUCCCAAGAUGACAAACCCCACAAAAGGAAUUCGGUUCGGUUAGCAAUCAGGAAGAUAAUGUACGCGCCGAGCAAGCAAGGCGAACAGCCUUCAGUCGAAGUCUCGAAAGAGUUCAUGAUGAGCCCUAACAAACUGUAUCUUGAGGCAUCUUUAGAUAAGGAGCUUUACUACCACGGCGAGAACAUAGCGGUGAACGUGCACAUAGCGAACAACUCGAAUCGAUCUGUGAAGCGCAUCAAGGUGUCGGUGCGGCAGUUCGCCGACAUUUGCCUCUUCUCCACCGCCCAGUACAAGUGCACCGUCGCCGAGGCGGAGAGCGAGGAGGGUUGUCCCGUGGGACCUGGGUUCACGCUCAGCAAGGUGUUCACGCUGACGCCGCUGCUCGCCAACAAUAAGGACAAGUGGGGCUUGGCGCUUGACGGACAACUCAAACACGAGGACACGAACCUGGCCUCCAGCACCCUUAUAGCUGAUCCGGCGCAACGAGAAAAUUUGGGUAUCAUAGUUCAAUACAAAGUUAAAGUGAAGCUGUGCUUGGGACCGCUCGGAGGUGAGCUGAGCGCCGAGCUGCCGUUCAUCCUGAUGCAUCCGAAGCCCGAGGAGGAGCCGCGCGCGCCCGACCAGCCCCACGCGACCCCCGACCACGACCUCAUCCAACUCGACCCGCCUCCAGAUGAAAACGGCCAAGAACAAGAUGACGAUAUAAUAUUCGAAGACUUCGCUCGACUCCGACUGAAGGGCGCCGACGCAGACGCCUGAGGCACCCCCACCCCCUCCCCCCGCACCGCCGCGCCCCCCUGACGCACACCGGACGCACCGCCCUGAUCAUGCACGCUUAUCACGUAAACAAAAACAGCGGUUCAUCGAAUCGUUUGUGAUAAAUAUCGAUAUAUCGCUUUCCUCGAAAUUACGGUAAUGGAUUUUAACUCGAUAGAUUAAUGACGUGCAAUAACGCCCGCUUUUUACGAUUUUGGAGAUUUAUUGCGAUUCUCGUAUAAAGUCCUCCUUGACAUUUCUGUUAAGUGUCGUCGGAUGAAUUGUAUCUCAGUUCUUGUAAAAUCGAUUUAAUAUCGGUGUUGUUAAAUAUUGACGCGUUGAAAGUCAAAAAUUUUAUUCAAAAUACUUUUUUAGUAUUUUCUGGAAAUAAUACAAUGUGAGUAUAUUAUAGAAAUGAUUAAACACGCGACUAAGGCAACGGAAAUAUAAUGUCCAGUAAUAUUCUUGUUUCCCUGUACAGUGUAAAUGUUGAGAGUUUCACUAUAUUCAUUUAUAUGCAGUUCACAAAUGUUUGGCCGAACAUUUGAUGUGCACGGCACGUGUCACAACACGUUGGAGCAAACAUUUGCGAUGAAAACACAAAGCCAACAAACAACGUUAAUGUAAUUAUAAAAUUUUAUAUUAUUCAAUGUAUGUAUAUUGUAUGUGAAAAAAUAUUUUUAAUAGGUUUGUCUAUCGAUCAAUUAAUACGAGUACAAUUUUAGUUUUAUCGACUUAUUAUGAAUAUAUUAUUUAGUGUACACGUUUAGUAUAUCAUCGUUCGUUAUUGUUUCAAAAUGCGUAUAGUACAACAAUUUAAAUGUUAUAUGUUGAAUAGAAAUAAAAGUCUUUUUGUACAUUGGUAUUGUGAGAAAAAAAAGUAAACACUAAAGUUAUACAUUUAGCAUUCGUAUAAAUUCGUAAUUGUGAAUGUUGAAUGGUUAAUUAAAAAUUAGCGACGAUCGAAACAUGCGUUUUAUUAGUAUAGACUCUAUUUGAUUUUAAUAAAUAAAACAGUUGUAUAAAUGAUUUUAAUAAAUAAAACAGUAAUUAACAACAAAAUGACAAACCAUAGAGAUAUAGGUACACCGAUGAAUCAAUGCACGGUUGCCAGUGCAAAAAAAAAAUUUAGUCAAAAUGCUCGUUUUAUAUAUUUGGUGUCCGUAAAGACUAGUCGCUAGGCAACUCGGCACGUGGCCUUCGAUACAGAGAAUUUAAAAAAUACAUAUAUAUAAAAACUCAUAUAUUUCAAUUCACACGAUUAAACAUAGUAGUCUAAUAUUUAUUGUUUGUGUAAAUUAUUUUGUAUUUUGGUUAGAGAGUCGUUUCCAUCAGCACCACCGGUCCGGGGUUACGGUUCUAAUAUAAACAGUUAUCUGAACGAACACAUAUAAAGAGCAGCUUCUUUUUUUAUGUAUUGCGACACCCUUUUAACUUGUAAUUAUUAAUAAAAAUGAACAGUUGAAUUCAUACAUUUCGAGGGGUGAAGGGCUAUUUUUAAGCGACAUUUCGCUUAAUACGCGACAUUUAUCUUUGUAAUUAAAGGUCUGUUUUAUUUGGUACUAUCUGACCUGGCAGACUUCGUUGUGCCUCAAUCGAUAAAUAAAAGACCUAAAGUUUUGUAUAAAAUAAACUUAAAACAAACAAAAGGAAUCCGUCCGACGGGGGUCACAUCAAAGGAAAAACAAAAUAGCUAUUUUCAUUUAAUUCCGAGCAUUUUCAUAUUUAUCUACCUUCUUCUAUUCUACCUUAAACCUUCUCUGGACUUCCACAAAUAAUUCAAGACCAAAAGUUCUCGAGUUUUAACGAGACUAACGAACAGCAAUUCAUUUAUAUGCUAUAUAGAUUAGCAUCAACUGUUCGAUUUUUUUAAAUGAACUUGAAUUAAAUUUAACCCAUUCAUAUAGCGAAAGGGAGGUCACCAAUGCGGUGGACCGACCAAAUUAAAACUGCAGUGGGGGGUCCCCUAAAUGAGUGCAGUCGAAUGGCCUCGAGCAGGGAGAGAUGUGGGGACAUCCUGAGACGCAUCAAGUCUGCCCCUUCCAACACUACAUGACGAUCACCACCACCACUCUGUCAAGAGUGACACGCGAUUGAGAAGAUAGCUGAAGUUUUUUUUUUUUGUUAUGGUAUUUUUUCUAAAUUUCAACUUUUAAAUGACUGUAAAGUUGCAAAAAUGUCGCUUAAACUAAAUAGCCUUUCGCUCCUCGAUUUGAUAUAAGCAGUGGUCGGAGUAGGUAGAUUGAUUUUAUAUUCUUGCGUCAAGAGAUUAUAAUAUGGACAUGCCAUUUAUUUUAAAAUAUUUUUAAUCUUCUUCAGAUACAAUUUCUAUAUUUAUGAGAUAAAGUAACAAAAAGCCCUGUCUAAGCUUUGUCUCAUACUGACAAGCGUCAUUUCUAAUUCAACAGAAAGGUAAAAAAUACGGUGUUACUAUUCCAAGGCGUUUUUGUGUAAAAUUAAAUACUGAUUUCUUUCACCAUUAGCUAGCAUUUGUAGCGUAGAUUAAUAUUAUUAAUACGUUUUUCACCUUAAACACAGAUUCAUACUAAUUUCAAAGUUCCGAAACAAAUAUCACAAUAAAUAUGAGGUUCCGGUGUUUUGGAGGCAUAUCCAUAUUAUCCUCUACGUUUGAAGUCAACGACCUUAAAUCAAUCUACCUACUCCGACCUCUAGUUAUAAGUUAGUGAGUAUUAUUUAAGAAAAGGUAUCAAUGGAUAUUCCACAUAGAAGCUCACAAUACAACACUAAUGGUAUAGUGUAAUGAUGUAUGUAAUAUUUGACACUAUACUUUUGUUUUUUUAUUUCUAUUUAUUGUUACGUGAAACUGAUGUUUAUUAAGUAACAUUUUGAUAAAGUGUAAUGAGUACAUACACUAGUACAAAUAAAGAACGGAAACAAAUAUUUUUUGUUUGACAUAAGAGGAAAAAAAAGCUUUUAUUUUACUACGAUAAAACAUAUUUUUUGUUACAAUUUACGUUGUGUAGAUUAUAUUACAUAAUAUAAAUAUUAGUUCACAUUAAAUAUAAAAUGAAAAAUUCGACCCACAUAUUCUUAAUGAAAAAUAUAACAUGAACAAAUUUAUAUUACGAUGAAAACCAGAAAAUUAUUUAGGAAAAAAGUGGUAUAUUUUAUAUUAAAUACUUCCACCGACAUUGAAGCUUUUCUAAUAUAAGCACAAUACAAUGCACAAGUUGUUUUAUACUAUGGUUUCAUCAUCAUUAAUAAUAAUGUCAUGUGUACUGAAACUACAUGCCGUCUGAUCUUUUAAUUAAAAAAAUAUUGAUACAAUUUAUUAGUCAAAAAUAUUUUUCGUUAAUGCAAUACAUUUAUACUUUAGUAAUAUUAAUUUAAUUUAUAUCUUGCAUUCGUGUAUUAACAUAAUGCUUGCAUAAAAAGAUUAUAUAAGAUAAGCAUUUUUGAAUGUAAUUAACAAGGAAAGAAUUAUCGCUUUAGUUUUUUAAAACAAGAAAAUUUGACAAAUAGAAGUAGAUUAGCUAUAGAAUGCUGCCGAAAAUAGACCGAUGUAUUAUUAUUUGUAAUGAGUAUUAUUCUUAAAUUAAGAUAAAAUGAGUACGGCAUUUACGUCUUUUUGAGAUUUUCAUUAUUUUUGUUUACAAUAUCGCACGAAUGUUGAAUAAUAUUUUUUGCUGCUAUCUAUUGUUUGACUGUAUUUUUUUAUUAUUAUAUAAUUUAUAUAAUUACUUAGACAUUUUUUAUUGUCGUACAACGGAAAUUGCGAUAGUGUUGCUAUUUUCAAAAUAAGUGUCAUCAAAAUAAGCAACAUUGUUGGAAUUUGCAUUGUAAAUGUAUAAAUGAUAGCAUAACGCAGAUCGUUCUUGUUUAAUUUUACAUCGAAACGUUUGGAUGUAUACUUUUUUCAAUAAAUUAAUAUGUAAUCA